AUGAAUAAAGAAAAUGAGGGAUUUAAUUUACCUGAACCAAUUUGCAAAGCUCAUCAAAAUAAGAAGGCAAAAUAUAAAAUUGUUGGUGUUCCAUACCCUAAACCAAAGUUUAACUUGACUGAUUUAGUUUGUUCCAAAUGUGCCAUUGCUCUAGUUAGUUAGGGUUACAAAGUUGAUGACAUUGAGUCAGAUUAGACAUAAGUUAGAUAGGAAUAAAUACAACAGUUUCUGGAAACUAUUUCAUAAACAUUUUUAACAAUAGAUCAAAGUGAGCAAAGUCUUUUAGAGAAAAGAGAGGAUUUGAUUCGAUUUUGCGAGAAAUAGAAAGAUAAAGUAAGAGAGCAUUAUCAUAUCAUGACAACCACCUUGGAUCACAAACUUAAAGAAUAAAUUGACUACUUGAAUGAAUUGUAAGGAAGAGCAUUAACAAUGUUUGAAUAAAAGUAAUCUGAAAUCAAGGAGAGUCACAAUGAAUUACUUUAGAUGUAUAGUGACAUCGAAGUCAACCUUGAUAAUAUAAUUCUACAAAUUGAAUUGCUCCCUUACAAAUAGAUUAUGGGUCAAUACAAUAAGAGAGUCUAAGAUAUCUAAUAAUGUCUUGGUAAAAUGGAGACUUAGAAUGUCUAUUUGGGACGGGUCUAUAAAAAGGCAACAGAUUAAAAAAUACUGGGAGGCCUAUUUGAAGAUAGUGAGUUGGAGAUAAAAAUAGUUUAAACAUCUCUGCUGAAAACAGAAUAAUAAUAGGGUUAAUCUGUAUCAAGACUUAUGUCCCCUUAAUCCACUCAAGUGACAACGCCAACAAAUCAAACUCCUGACAAACAAAGAUCGAAUAGUUAGCCUAGUAAAUUCUUAGAGAUUUUGAAUAAGGUUAAUGAGAACUAACUUAAAACUAAUAAUUUCUACACAUAGUUGUUGAGAAGAGACUCUUCAUUUGAUCUGAGUGAAAAAUAUUGUUCACCUUCAUUCAAAAAGUGA